AUCUCCUCCGCCACCGUAAACUUGAUCAAGGGUUCCGAAAGCCUCGUCCCUAUUCCUUCCCCAGACCCCAUCGGGCUCCUCACAGUCGGCUAUGGCCACAAAUGCCUCAAGCCCCAGUGCUCCGAAGUCACCUUCCCCUUUCCCUUAUCCUCUAGCACCGCUUCUCAACUCUUCGCGCAGGACAUGACUCAGUAUAUCAACUGCUUGCAUCGUUCCAUUAGCAAGUCUGUUGUGCUCAACGAUAACCAGUUUGGGGCCCUUGUCUCAUGGACGUAUAAUGCGGGAUGUGAGGGGAUGGGAACCUCAACUUUAGUCAAGCGAUUGAAUAAUGGAGAGGAUCCAAAUACUGUUGUUGCGCAGGAGCUCCCUAAGUGGAACAUUGCUAAGAAGAAGAUUUCGAAAGGGUUGGUCAAUAGAAGAAAUCGAGAGAUCAGCUUCUUCCAAACCCCGUCGAAUGUUGUUGCUCACCCACUUUGUUGA